AUGAAGAUAAACGCCUUGUAUCCAGCAGCUGGUUGUACCUCGAUGGCUAGUAAGGAGACGACGGCAAGCAGCACGUGCAGCGGAUCGUAUUUUAUGACCAGAUUAAGGAUAUGAGACAAAAGCGUGCUGUUGCGUCUUGCCGAUAUGCGUUUCCAUUGAUUCUUGCGUUUAAAGGAAAGGAAGAACGAGCACCAACACUAGGACAAGCCAUAUUCAUCUUCAAUAGAAUGAUCACAUUCAUCUAAUCCCAAUGAGCUACAUUGUCACGCCGAUCGCAGUCCAGAGAACGGUCCAGAGAACGAGCCUCCUGAGAUCAGCCAUCCAAUGGUCGAGACUCCGCCUAGCGAGGACUUCAUUACAGUAGCGAGCUCAAGAGGACGUAAAACCGAGUACAGGGUCCAUAGUUCUAAGAACAGUAUCAAAAUCAUGUCGUCGUCUAGGAUUUCUUCAACAGGCGGAUUAUCAGCGCAUCAUGGGCAGGGUGGCGUUUUGUAUAACGCCUACACCGGAG